AUGAGUGAACAAAAGAAUGUUGGAUGUGGUCACCACGAUCACAACGAUGAUGAUAUCAAUUCAAUAUCAAAAGAUUUAGAUACAAAGAUACAUUUGACAGAGGAUCAAUGUAAAUGUGAAACAAAAGAAGGUGAACCUGACGUAGAUAUGUUAGAUCUUCAAAAAUCAAUUGAUAGCAAAGUAAAUAAUAAUAAUAGUAAUAGUAAUAAUGAUACAAGUAAUAAAAAGACAAUAAAAGGUAGAGCAGAAGUAAUUUGUUCAAAGUGUGGAUGUUGUAAAUUAGUACCACUCAAAAUACCAUUCUAUGGACCUUAUACUAUUAGAGGACUUCAAAAGGGUGUAAAAUAUGAAUACUGCACAUGUGGUCUCACAAAGAAUCAACCGUUCUGCGAUAAAUCACAUGUUGGCACUGGCUUUAAACCAAUACCUUUUACACUGGAGAAAGAGCAGACAAUCUGGUUACUUUGUGGUUGCAGAUACUCACAGAAUCUGCCUUAUUGCGAUGCUGAACAUUCCAAGUUACCUUUUAAUCCAAAGGAUCCACCAUGUAGAUGUGAUAAAGCAAAAGAAUUAGAAUUUUAA